AUGGAAUAUCAAUCCGAGCAGAUUAGAAUGAACACAUCGGCGGUGGCGAUUUCUGUAGUGGGAUUUGUAUCCGGUCUUGUAACAUGUUUUAUAAAUAUUAUUCUUCUGAAAAAUUAUAUGAAAAAGAAAAACGACAUGGCUCUUUUCUAUUACCGAUUUGCAUUGGAUGUGAUUAUGGGAGCACUGCUUGCCAAUUUCCUAUUAUUAGCAGUAUUGUAUUCCGCAUUCUCAAAUCAAUCUUCCUAUUUACAAAACCUUAUUUUCUAUUUUUCACUACCAGCGUCAAAUGUAGCAGCAUGCCGGUCUAUAGUCGCACUUACUGUGGCAAUUGAAAGAAUGGUGGCUGCCUAUGCGCCAAUAUUCUUUCACAACUAUCGCCAACAGUUUCCAACUGUCUGUAAAAAUCGGUUUUUUGAAACGUUCUCAUUUUCGGAAUUUUCAGAGCAGUUUCAAAUAAUUUUUUUUGGGGCUCUGAUUUUUGAUGUCAAAUGA